CAAUCAAUCCCUCACUCCCCACUCUUUUUCAUCAAAUCUCUCUAUUUUCAUAUACCAUGUUCCGUGCUACACAAUCCUUGAAGGUACAGGCCAGUCGGGGGGAUCUAUUCCGGAGCUGCAACAGGAACAGGAGCCAUGCCGGGAAACUUGGUGCUGAUCUACUUUUCGCGACGCUCAAUUACGAGAUCACCAACAACUGGGACACUCUGGAGCUGAAGUGAGCUCGACUUUGCGCAUAGCAAGGCUACUAGAACCAACUCAUACCUUAACAUAUUACCGGGACGACAUAUACAUCCAGGAACUGCCAUUAAGCGCGCGCCUCAUAUCGACUAAAAAUGAACUGUGUCAGGAGUGGUACCUGAUCAAUGCCAUUAACAAGUAAAUCCUUUCUCGUGUUCAAUUGCCUCGCAGACAAAGUCCUUGGUCGUCCUCGGCGCCAGCGUCGGACUCAUGGCCAGCACUAGCGGUGCUGUUGCUUUCAUGGAGGGCAAGGAGCGCAAGCAGAAGCUCCCUAUUUACGACGAGCCUGAGCCUGAGAUGGUGGUUAAGGAGGAACCCACGCGCUUGGAUGAGGUCCUUCGCGCAGCACGCAAGGAGACGGAUCGUCAGAUUUUAGGCAUGAAGUACCAUCUCCAGAUGGCCACCAACAAGGUUGUCGAUCUCGAGAAGGAGGCUGAGGGCAACAUCAAGUCGGUUCUGGUCAAGGAGGAGGAAGUCAUGCCUGCUGCGAUCUAUGUCGUUGUUGCCGGCUUUGCUGGAUCGAUCUUUGCCAGACGCCGCAAUAUUUUGCUCCGCUUCCUGUCCCCCGUCGCCUUCUCUGCCCUGGCCUUUGGAUACUUCUUCCCCUCGUCGUCGAACCGUUUGAUCGCACGCGCGAACCAGUCUGAUCUUUCGAAAUAUAUCCCUCAGGAUCUUCAAAAGCAACUGCGCGAAUUGACUGGACAGGUCAGCAGCACCGGUAACCAAGUUGUGGAGGAAGUGAAGCAGACUGCCAAGGACGCAAAGAAGACUGUGGAGAAGAAUGAGGAGUCGGUGCAGGAAAGGGUGCAGGAGAAGAUCCAGGAGACUGUUGCGGCAGCGAAGGACACUGCUGAGGAUGUGAAGGAGAAGGUUGCGGAGCUGAAGAAGGCAUUGAUUGAGGAGACCGAGAAGGGCAAGAACAAGGUGGAGGAGCUUGUGGAGAAGUCGGACAUGGAGGCUAGGCAGGCCAAGAUCCGCGCGGAGGAUUCGCUUAAGCGCGUCUAAAGUGGUGGUCCAGACCGCAGGAGCUAAUAAUGUCGAACCGUAUCAAUCUAGCACGCAUUGCAUGGGAAUAUAAAUGGAUAUAAAAUAUGUAAAUGAAUAUAAAUAGUAAAAAAAAAAAAAUUAGUCCAAUGGGACCCUGAAACAUG